UUCGCCAGUCCCAAUUUCCACGCCUUCCUCCUUCCGUCCCUGCUACCCACGCGGUAGAAGAGAAGCCCAAAAGCCGCCGCCUCCGGUGAACGGGACACGUUUCCGAUUGCUCCGUAGUAUCACACCGACGGGAGGAGAAGCAGAGAGGAGGAAGUGAUGGCGUCUUCGGUGUCGGAGUCGGCGUUGGCUGAUGGGCCUGUGAUGACCAUGAUGAACAAGCGUCUCCGAGCCCUGCGCAAGAAGCACAACCGCAUCUUACAGAUGGAGGAGAGCAUCGCACAAGGGAAGCCGCUCAACAAGGAGCAGGAAGAGGUUCUCCGCUCCAAGCCCACAAUCCUCACUCUCAUCGACGAGUACGAGAAGCUUCAGGGUCCUCUCGCCGCAGCAGUCCAGGAGGAGCUCGACCGCGCCUCUUCCGACACCGCCCCUGCCGUAUCUCCUCCUCCUCCUCUCUCUACCCCUCAAGAAGAAACCCCUAUCCCUGCUGAUGACAAGGAAGAGCCGGAUCGGGCCGUGAUUGACAUUUUGACCUUGGCCUAUUUCGGGUGCCUGUUCGAUGUCAAGCCGCAGAGCGAGUUUGCGGCGAUGAUGUUGACCAGGACUCACGAGCGUGGCUGCUGCUUGACCUACGACUACGUGACGGACGAUGCCACCGACCUCCUUGGCGAGCAGGAUCUCGAUGCGAUAUCGACGCUUGGCUCCUUUCUAACUUCGCGGCCGGUCUAUUCAGUUGUCUCGCAUAAGGACGCUCUCCACGCCUGCCUUCAGCACGCAAAGCUCUGGCUUAUGAACGCUGAUCAGCCUAUCCAGCCUGGGGCAUCGCUCACCUAUUCUGGAUUGAGAGAAAAGUUGAACAAGAUUUUGGCUUCGGACUACUUCACCACUACGCCAGAAAUGAAGGCCCCUGGUGAUGUGGCAGCUGCUGUGGGGAAGUAUGGUGCUUCUUGUCAGGUUCAUAUUAGUGAGGCAACGACAGUGGCCUCAUCAGUAGGACAAUCUAAAGAUGUCCAAAUUCGAGUUGUGCCUGAGGAGGAUGAACAGCAAGAAUUUCAACCAAAUGAAGUUUACCUGGAUCAUGAACUUGGCCUUGCUGAUGAACAACUAAUCAUUGAUGAAAUAGACACCGUCAGCUUUCCAGCAGUUGCUGUAUCCAACCAAGAGCAAGAAAAACCAGAAAUAGUUUCAGAAAACCUAAAUGCUAGGGAUGUGGAGCAGAAAGAACACCAAUAUCAUUCGCGUAGGCCUUACCACAAUAAUCGAGGUGGAGUUCGUGGUGGUAUUGGUGGUCCUGGAGGCAGGAGAGGUUAUCGUGGUGGCCGAGGUGGUAUUGACAGCUACCAGAAUGGCUGGAGUCAGUACUAUGACUCCAACUACUACCCUAGAAACUAUUAUAGUGCUAAGGGAAGAGGGGGUCGAUCUGGUGGUUCAGCUAAUUAUACUAAUCACGGAAGUCAUGCCCCUUCCAAUCUUGAGCUGGAUACUAGUGCCUAGAUUUAAGAACUAGCUAUUUUACCUGAGGGGCACUAUCGAUUUAAGAACUAGCUAUAUAACCAACUCACGCAAAAUCUGUUGGCUUUUAGUGUUAUAUAUUGGAUGCAUCUCCUUGGAUUUUGGGUAAUGAAUCUUGAACUACUGAUAACUUGUUUAGAAAGCACUAAAAGAUAAAUUUGUUUAGAGAACAUAUCUGUCUAAUGCGUGGUAAUUCGAUAUCCUUGUGUUACCUUUAUUAUUUUA